GCUGAAAUCAAGGCAUGGGCCUUUCUCACAUGAUACUCUGUUGGCCUACAGGACUUGAUUCCUUUUUGGGAGCUUUGUCCAUUUUUGAUCAAGGGUAUUUUCUAAGGAUUUUUAUAGAUAACCUCAGACUUUUGAAAGAUACAGAUUUGCUCUGAUAGUAUACAACUGAAUUGGAAAUUAAGUCCUUAUAGGGACCCUGUUCACGACAAUUGGCCGUGGGGUGUGAAGAAACCAGCAAGAUCCAGAGCCCAGAGUGUCGUCGCAGUUGUCUGUGUUGCAGGGCAAGAUCCAGUCAGACUUCUGCUGACCUGAAGACUGGGCCCCCUCACCACCAGAGUUGACGUCUUGGUCAAGGAGCGACUGACCCCGAGUAUCAUUAAGUACAAGAGGGCCACAUAGAAUGAUGAAGGCUCCUGGUGGUCCUGACCCUCUCCCAAACUGAAAUAGACUCACAGGACAGAAAACUACCACAACCAUCAGAAUGGCACUUAAAAAAGACUUUCUCAUGUAGGACACACCUGCCAGAGAUGGCCAAAAACACUACAUCAGUUUUCCUAGUGGUGAGCAGCUUGUUCGGGGUCACAGUCGGGGCAAUAUGCCUAUGGCAGGCCUACAGCUGGUGGAGGGGCCCAACCACAGGGAUGAUGGAGGAGGAGGAGGAAGAGGAGGAGGAAGUAGACAGAUGGACCUCCACUAUACCACCACAGAGCCCGAAAAGCUGCCACAGAGAGAUUUGGAUAUGAUAUUCUCCAAUAUCGAUGAUAUUAUCGUGGUCAACAGCCGUUUCCUUAAAGGCCUAGAAAAGGCAGAUUCUGAAGGACAGCUACACUUACUUGGUAAUUCAUUCCUUGAAUUCAAAGAGGAGAUGGAAAAUACCUAUAAGGUCUACUGUGCCAGCUAUGACCAGGCUUUGGCCCUGAUGGAGAUGUAUAAGAAGGUACCCAACCUACAGAAAGUGAUUCAUGAUGGCAUCACUGCACUGGUGCCACAGGCUAGAGCUUCAGGCCUCAGUUUCCUGCUGGUGAUACCUGUGCAGCCGGUGACCAGAUACCCACCCCUACUGCUGAAGAUACUAGAGAACACACCACCUGAUGACCAGGCCUAUGAGGCCUUGCAGAGGGACACCAGAGCCACACAAGAAGUUAAUUCCAAUGUCAACGAGUAUAAGAGGUGGAGGGAAAAUGCCACAGACUACAAGGUGGAGCCUCUGACAGCCAGGGAGCGCUGGGCCCAGAGGAAGACGCUGCGCCCGAGUCAGUGCCAGCAAGGAGCUGGGAUUGGGACCCGGACACUCCAACCUGCUGCAGACACACAGGUCAAGGCCCUUGUGAACAAGUAUGGUCCCAGCAAGCUCUGCCAGAUGACAAGUAACAUCAACGGUAUUGGAAAUCUGGCUGUGACCCUUCAGAGAGGGCAGAUUGUGGCUCCCCUUCAGGACAGGGAUAUCAAAGGAAAUACUAGUUGUUGGAUGGUGGACACUGGAGGUAUUUAUACAAGGAACUGUGCAGUCUCUCUUCUUUGUCUGGGGAGAGCCCACAGCCACUCCUCAAAGGCUUUUCUACCGAACAUUCAACAAAUCAUGUCCACUAUGUCACAUAAAGAUUAAUAAAAGAAUAUCUUUUUUUUCCUAGAGAAGAGAAGGCUUAGAGAGUCCAUGUUCAGUGUUCAAAUAUCUGAGUGGUUGUCAUGGAGAAGAGAAAUAGAAAUUUUAAUGUCUGACAUCUGUGUGUCACUAAUUACAAUUUAUAAAGCCCUUUUCAUAUAU